ACAAGGUUCCACUGCCCAUGGGCUUGUUAGCUGUGCAAAUGUUUUUUUCUGCGAUUCAGGUCAAACACUUGACCAGGUCGCAUCUGGUCAAAUAGAUCUCGAGCAAAGCGAGCACCUAUAAAUUAGCGAUCAAUGCGACCACUUGCGAACUUUAACUCGCAAUCAUGGAUAUCUCAGUGCUGUGGCUCUACCUGGUCCUUGUGUCCGGCCUGAUCAUCUUCUUGGUGCCCACUGUAGAGUCCACCUUGCUUCUGUGGGCCUGCUUAUACCGGCUGGAGAUCUGUCCCUUUAAGACCACCACCACUAAAUCAUCAUAAUGAAAAUACUAUAUUUAACUCCCGACUAUUUCAACGGUCAAUAAAAAGAAAAUCAAAAAUA